AUGGACACACUUGUUCCUUUUUGUACAGAUAUUUCUCCAGAUUCUGAUAUUGCUAAAGGUAUUGCAUGCAGAGCAACAAAGGCAACUGCUGUUUUGAAACAUGGACUUGGAAAAAUCUUCCAGGAUGAACUAUGUGACAAUGUUCGAAGUCCUGGAAGAUUCUUUUCAUUAGUAAUGGAUGAAACAACCAAAGUUUCAGAAAUUAAGCAGUGUGCAUUCACUAUAAUUUUUUAUGAUGUAACGAAAGUCAAAACACGAUUCUUAGAUAUGGUCUCAACUGAGAAAGGUGAUGGUGCUAGCUUAUACGAUUGUUUAAAAUCAACUUCAGCAAAGCACAAAAUUCCUUCAAGAAAUAUGGUAGGAUUUUCUAGUGACACAACAAAUGUUAUGGUGGGAGAAUAUAAUUCAAUGUUUUCUCAUCUGAAAGCAAAACUACCUGAUAUUCAAAUUCAAAAUAUAUUGAUGUAA